UACAGUCUCAGAGGAGGGGCCGGAAGUGCUCCUGGGCGGACAGGGCGGCUGGCAGGCACGCAGGACUCCGCGGCGGCGAGACGCGGGGCCCGGGUGAUUUGCCUGAGUGAAAGGGAAGAGAACUCGGAGUACCCCGGCAACAGUUCCAAGCAUGCGUAGAGCUGACCGGCCCGGAGCCAGGAAAACCUAGAGACCGCGGUCGCGGGAAGAGGCCGGUGACUUCCCGGAAGAGGCGGGGCCGCUGGGAGAGGGCGCCGAAUUAGAAGUGCUUGUGUCGGCUUCCCGGGUCGGGGUGCCGCGUCCCAAACGUUAGUCUUUGCUUAACCAAAAAGGAAGAGGACUUUUCCUUUCCUUUCCUUUUUUUUUUUUUUUAAACUUUCCUUUUUAAAUUAUUUUUUGUUUUGGAAGAGGAAACUUGGAGGCAGCAGUAGUUAGGAUUCAGGCCGAACUAGUCAAUGACGGAAGGGCGUCUUCCAAAGCCAAGUGGAAAGGGUUGUCCGGCAGAUAAUCACCAGAAUGGGAGUGAAUGACUUGUGGCAAAUUUUGGAACCUGUUAAACAACACAUCCACUUGCAUAAUCUUUGUGGGAAAACCAUUGCAGUUGAUCUGAGUCUCUGGGUAUGUGAAGCACAGACAGUCAAAAAAAUGAUUGGAACAGUCAUGAAGCCCCACCUCAGGAACUUAUUUUUUCGUAUCUCUCAUUUGACGCUAAUGGAUGUAAAACUGGUGUUCGUUAUGGAAGGGGAACCCCCAAAGCUGAAAGCUGAUGUCAUAAGCAGAAGGAAUCAGAUUCGGUAUGGGCCUUCUGGAAAAACAUGGUCUCAGAAAACGGGGAGAUCACAUUUUAAAUCAGUCUUAAAAGAGUGCCUUGAUAUGCUGGAAUGCUUAGGAAUUCCCUGGGUCCAAGCCGCUGGGGAAGCAGAGGCCAUGUGUGCUUUUCUCAAUGCCAAUGGUUAUGUGGAUGGCUGCCUCACCAACGAUGGGGAUGCUUUCCUAUACGGAGCCCAGACCGUUUAUAGGAAUUUCACUAUGAAUACCAAGGAUCCACAUGUUGAUUGUUACACAAUGCCGUCGAUCAAGAGUAAACUAGGUUUGGAUAGAGAGACUCUGGUUGGACUGGCAGUACUACUUGGCUGUGAUUAUCUUCCCAAGGGAGUCCCUGGAGUCGGAAAAGAGCAAGCGUUAAAACUUAUACAGAGUUUGAAAGGGCAAAGUUUACUUCAAAGGUUUACUCAGUGGAUUGAAGAAUCUUGCUCUGAUCCACAACCCCUAGUUAUUAAAAAACCGGCCCAUUGUUCUGUGUGUUCCCAUCCAGGUUCACCUAAGGAUCAUGUACAUAAUGGCUGCAAACUGUGUGAAACUGAUCAAUAUUGCGAACCCCAUGAUUAUGAAUACUGCUGUCCUUGUGAGUGGCACCGUGCAGAGCAUCAUAGACAACUAAGUGCGGUAGAGAACAGCAUUAAGAAAAAAGCUUGCGGUUGUGAGGGAUUCCCAUUCUAUGAGGUUAUUCAAGAAUUCCUUUUGGACAAGGAUACAUUGGUGAAGGUUAUCAGGUACCAAAGACCUGAUUUAUUAUUGUUUCAGAGAUUUACUCUUGAAAAAAUGGAGUGGCCUAAUCACUAUGCAUGUGAGAAAUUGUUAGUGCUUUUGACCCACUAUGACAUGAUAGAAAGAAAGCUUGGUAAAAGGAAUUCUAAUCAACUACAGCCAAUUCGAAUUGUUAAGACCCGAAUCAGAAAUGGAAUUCGUUGCUUUGAAAUAGAAUGGGAAAAGCCUGAACAUUACACUAUGGAAGAUAAACAUGGAGAAUUGGUUCUAAAAACAGUAGAAGAAUUAUCAUUGUUUGAAGCAGCUUAUCCCGAGAUUGUUGCUGUUUACCAAAAUCAAAACUUGGAAAUGAAAGGGAAGAAACAGAAAAGCGUAAAAAUUAAGCAUAAAGAAGACAGUUGGCCGGAAUCAAAUAAUAUGAGUUUCCAGUCACAGAUGACUUUAAACCCCAUGUGUGACAUCUUUUCUAAGCAGAAUUCCAAGUUAAAUUUGGAAACUACCCCUCAUUGUACAUUAUCGCAGAAAUCUGUUUCUGCAUCACUGAAUAGCUUGCUUUUACCUGAAGAUACCCCUUGUUUGAAUACACGAGAACAUUUAAUAUCUUCUCCAAGGCCUUUGGCUAUGCAGCAAAUCCCAGCUGUCAGUAAGUCCCUAGUUCCAGAAUCUAGUCAACCUAGUACCUCAUCCUAUAACAUAUCGGCGAUUGCUGACCUACACUUAAGCACCAUUGACUGGGAAGGCACUUCUUUUAGUAAUUCUCCAGCUAUUCCAAGGAACACUUCCUCUCAUGGUUUAAAAUCAGAACUUGAGAGAGCCAUCCCUGAAAAUUUAAAAAAUAUCUCAGAACAGUCGUCAUAUGCAUCCGAAUGGUAUACCAGAAAUAUUAAGAAAGUGUUGGAUCGGGAUCUGCAGAAGAGUGAUACUGAAGAACAUCUGCUUUCUGGCAUUACUGAUUUACAUCUUGAGGAUUUGCCUUUAAAGGAACGAAUACGUAUAAAAUCAUCAUAUCCUCAGGAUAAUGCACAACCAAAUGUCGACCUGAGAACUUUGUCCCCAGUUACCAUAAAAGAAUCCUGUAUGGAUAAUGAUGGUUCUGAUUGUCCAUCACAUCUUUCAAAAGAUCUUCUAGGAAACCAUUUGCAAAAUGAGUCUAGAAAAUCUAAAGUUCUAAAAGGAGACCAGCUAUUUCAAGACAACUAUAAAGUGAAUACUUCUAUACCUUAUUCUGUCAAUAACCCAGUAAUAGUAAAGACCAGCAUUAGACCACCAAAUUCCGCUUUUGAUUAUAAUAGAAAAGCUGAUGUGCAAACCACUCAGAAAAGUGUAAUGAAGAAGAGCGUUUGCCUUGACAGUCUUUCCUCUGAUGAAGAAAGUGUCCCAGUGAUUGGGAAAGCUAAAUACACAACUCAAAACGUGAAGCCUCGUUCUCAGAAGCAUUACCCAGCCCAGUUCAAGAAAGAUGAUGUCAAGAAGUUGCAUAACCCUAAAAUACGUAUUAAAGAAACUGAACGGUGUGCCCAGGCUUAUGAAACAGCUGGAAAUGAAGAAGACUGUUUCCCAGAUGCAGCUAAAGGUUCUCUGAGUUUUCUACAGCGUCCUGAGGACAAAGGCGACCAUGGUACUUGUUUGGAUAGUCCUCUUCCUUUAUGUCAAAGAUUAAAACUAAGGUUCCAAAACUCUUCAAAUGGAAUUAAAAAUAUUUACGUAUAACUUAGUGUUUUAGCACCAUAAGCACUAGCAGAGGCAGAGACAAAACCUCUACAUUUGGCAUAAAAAUGUAAUGUGGCUCUGUAUGUCAUGAGAUACUUUCCAUUUUAAUUAAAAUUGUAAUAAAAAGCAUUACCUAAAACUUUGGUUUUAAAAGAUGAUCCUUGUGGUAAAAACUUCAGAUAACAUAAAUUUCUAAAACACUUUUGCCAUUCUUUAUAUCGUUCUUGAUUUUUCUUUAGUUAAAGCUUUAAAAUGUUAAUACAGUAGUAGCUAAAUGCUUCCUCUGCUCACUUUUACUCAUUUUGUUCAUAAACCUCUAAGGUUCGUUUGUUUGUUUAAAAUUUCAGCUUGUUUCCAUGAGGAUAACUCCCUGCCUACACUCACUCUCUCAAUGUCUUCUGAUGUACCUUUCCUGAGAGUUGUAUUUUCUGUCAAUAUGAAGAUGCAGGUAGUGUGCUCUUCUGGUUUGGGUAACCAUUCUUCUCAUGAAGGGCAAAAACGGAAAAGGAGAAAGAUGCUCGAUAGAAGUAGUAAAAAUUAGGGUUGUAAUGGCUGACUAAACUAAGGAAGGCUACUUCUUACAUAACCCCAGGAGUUCCCAGUAUACCCAAUGGAAAAAGGUCUGCAAAAUAGAAUGUAUAAUGAGAACAGACUUAGAAAUUUGCUCAGGAUCACACAACUAAUUAAUAAAGGCAUGGGAACCAGAGUUCCUUCCUCCAAUUUAUUGGCUUUUCUGUUUUCUUUUUUCUUUCUAUAGCACUUUAUUUCCUUUCGUUUUUAAAAAAAUGAAAAUGAAUAUGUACAAUAUGAACUUCAAUAACUCUUUUUUGAAUUUUUUUUAUGUAAAAACUCUUAAAGUUUUACAUAAAUUUAUUUAACAUUCAAGAACUCUAGAGGUAACCAGAUUGGAAAGCAAAAAGUAAAACUGUUGUUAUUUGCAAGAUGACAAGAUCUUGUAUAUACAAAAUUCUAAUGAACCCAGUAAAAACUAUUAGAACCAAUAAAUGAGUUCAGCAAGGUUUCAAGAUACAGGAUCAAUAUACACACAUCAGUUAUAUUCCUAUAUAUCCACAGUGAAUAAUACUAAAUGAAAUUAAGAAAAUUCUGUUCACAAUAGCAUCAAAAAGGAUAAAAUACUUUGGAAUUAAUUUA